CGAAGUUGGCUUCUUUUUAAUAAAUUAGCAACAAGUGCUUUUGAUGAUAUUGCAAAAUCCUUUUUACUUGUCGAACCAUAUUUUGGGGUUUUGGAGGUAGUUAGAGGUAGCCUCGAUGAAAAGGAAUUUUUAUCUGUUUCAUUGUCAUUGCAAGACAUAGCAUAUUAG